AUGGCACCUGCUCCCACCCCCCAAGAAAGGUUCGAGCUGGCAAAGCAGAGCGCCGCGCUCUUGCGAGCCCUUCUUUCCCACCCGGGCAUGUCUUUCAACGGUGAUGGAUCGCCUAAUAGAGCCGGCAUCCACCCGACCCUCUACAAUGUCACCGACUUCCACAUGUCCACCUACACCAAGUACAUCCUACCUCUGCUUCCACCUAACGCUGCCGAGAACUGUUCUGCCCUCUCAUUUCAACCAAACGCUCAGAUCACCGACAAGACGGACCUGCUAGCAGACGAUCUAUACCCUCGCAUAAAGUCGGGAGCAUUGAGGGAGAAGUGGAGCGACACACUCAGCCGAAAUGUGAUGAUUGCCUCCAUCAUCUUGGACAAAAAUCAACAAGUGCUAUUUGGUGGCACCUUUGACUUUGGGCCGGAGGUGCAAGCUGCGGCUAGGGCAUUACGAUCUUGA